AUGGCCACAAAAAUACCCAAGUCCGUUCAUGCUGGACCAGACGACAGCUGGCACGGCGUCAUCGACGAGUCGCCCAAUAAUCCAUUCCAGCCAGAGAAGGGACGAUAUCAUAUGUAUAUCGGUCUAUUCUGCCCUUUCGCACACCGUGCGAAUCUUGUAAUUCACCUCAAAAGUCUGCAAGAUAUCAUCGAUAUCGAUGUCGUCAAACCUUAUCCCAAGGGCAACGAGAAGGGUUGGCCUGGCUGGCAGUUUCCUGCAUCGAAUGAUGAGUAUCCGAACGCUACUGUAGAUAAGCUGUUCGGGUCCAAAUAUCUACACGAGGUCUACUUUAAGGCGGACAAGGACUAUAAGGGUCGCUACUCUGUACCUCUUCUUUGGGACAAGAAGACGAAUACCGCAGUCAACAAUGAAUCAGCAGAACUCCUGCGCUGGCUCCAGACUGCAUUCAAUGAUUUGAUCUCGCCUGAGAAGGCAAAGCUGACUCUAUAUCCUGAACACUUGCGCCAGAGAAUCGACAAGAUCUCAGAAUGGAUGCAAUCAGAUCUCAACACUGGUGUAUACAAGGCUGGAUUUGCGCCUGACCAAAAAACCUACAACAAGAACCUUCCACCUGUGUUUGGUGCUCUCAACAAGCUCGAGAAGCUGCUUUACGAUGGUAAAGGUCCUUACGUUCUUGGUAAGGAAAUGACCGAGCUGGAUAUUCGCCUAUACGCUACUUUGAUUCGCUUCGAUACUGUCUAUGUGCAGCACUUUAAAUGCAAUCUUGGUACCAUCCGCCAUGAUUAUCCAGUUCUCAACAAUUGGCUCAAGGGCAUGUACUGGAACCAUGAGGAGUUCAGAAACACCACAGAUUUCAAGCACAUCAAGGAGAAUUACACCAAAAGCCACUAUGAUGUGAAUCCCAAAGCGAUCACACCACUGGGUCCUUGGCCUCAUAUCGAAAAAGGCUAUCAAGAAGAAUGGAGCAAACUUUCUCCAGGAAGCAUUGAUAUGCCAGAAGUUUUAGAGCAUGAGAAAACUUUAGAGGUGUAA